AUGUCCUCUUCAGCCGUCUACAUUGGGGUUUCGGGUGGUCAGCCCGUCUCUUCCGCGGCUGCGCAAGCUGUCGACAAGGACGCUCUCGCCAAGUUGUGGCAGCUCAGCGGCACCAAGGACAAGGCCGGCGAAGCUGUAAGUAUUAUGGUCACAAAAGGGUCUAUCGAUAGGGGCAAGGUGGCUCCAAAUGCUAAUCUCGGUCCGUGGCAAUACGAUAGAGGACCUUCUUCGGUGUCGGUGGGGACAAGACCGUGAUCGCCAUCUCGACGGGCAAGACCCAGGACAAGAAGGGUGGCGCAACCGAGGAGAACGCACUCAAGGAACUCUCUCGUAGGAACGUGAGUGUUCUCGACCCGAAAUAAAGAGCAUGGCGGUCAGCAUGGCGACCAGCUCGUCGGCAGCGCUUGCCUAGCAACCACGGUUCCACCUUCUGACUCAGAGAACAGGAGAGGAGGUCCGAGUAGCGAUACCGACUUGAUGCCAAUGGUUUUCACUAUCACUCACUGUCGAACUUCUCCACAGGCUGGUGUUGCCGUCAACGCGGUCAAGGCCAUCAACGGCAAGCAAUCGCUAUCGAUCCUCUCCACUCGCCCCACUCGGCCGCUGUCGGAGCCACGCUCGCCAGCUUUGCCUUCAACCUCAAGACGACCACUGCGGCCAAGAAGCAACUCGAACCCAUCCAGAUCGAUCUUCUUGGAAGUGCGACAGAGUCUCAGCUCGAAACCGAGAGCGACAAAUAUGGCAAGGCCCUGACGUGGGAGACUGGAAAGGUAUGUCCGAGCGAGGGUGGGGGACUGACUCGUUCUGGAACUGAUUCGUGCCACGAUCAACCCUGAAAGAUCUAUGGAGAAGCCCAAAACUGGGCCCGUUACCUCAAGGAGUUGCCGGCCAACCUCUGCACGCCCACACGCUUCUGCGAGAUGGCCGAGGAAAAGUUCAAGGGCCUCAAGAACGUCGAGGUCCAGGUCCAUGACCUGGCCUGGGCCGAGGAGAAGAAGAUGGGCUCUUUCAUCUCGGUUUCGCGCGGUAGCGAUGAGCCGCUCCGUUUCCUCGAAAUCCACUACAAGGGUGGCAAGGCCGACGAGAAGCCGAUCGCGUUCGUCGGUAAAGGUGUCACGUUCGACACGGGAGGAAUCUCGAUCAAGCCCGCCGCGUCCAUGUCCGACAUGCGCGCCGACAUGGGCGGAGCUGCAACGACGACAGCGACUAUGUGGGCCAUUGCCAAGCUUGAACUACCGAUCAACGCCGUGCUUUGCUGCCCGUUGACCGAGAACAUGCCGAGGUGGGUAGCGUCGAUUCGGGGAGAAUCGCUCUCGCCUUGAAUGAUGAGCUAACUCGGGUGCACGUGAAUGACGAUCCCGGUGAACGAUGCUCCUGAUUUCUACAGUGGAAAGGCAACCAAGCCCGGAGACUGCAUUACUGCCAGCAACGGCGUCACGCUCGCGAUCGAAAACACUGAUGCCGAGGGACGUUUGAUCCUCGCCGAUGCGCUCUACUACGCCUCUUCGACUUUUAAGCCGAGCGUUGUCAUUGAUGUCGCUACUCUGACGGGCGCGAUGAUGAUCGCUCUUGGUAACCAAUUCAGUGGCGUCUUCUCCAACUCGGACUCGCUCUACUCGCAGCUCGACGUCGCGGCCGCAUCCGAGAAGGAUCGCGUGUGGAGGAUGCCCUUGGACGAAGGCUACCUCGCGCAGAUCAAUACGACCAACAUGGACCUCAACAACACCGGUGGCCGACUUGCUGGAUCGGCGACGGCGGCCAUCUUCCUCAAGCGCUUCAUCGACGGGCUCAUCGUUGACGGUUCGGACGCGGAGGAAGGUGCCGAGGGUGGAGUCAAUGGAGGUCGCGGCGAGCCGGGGAGCUUGACCAAGUGGGCCCACGUUGAUAUUGCCGGUACCAUGGACCUCGCCAAGGGUGAUGGAGGCUACGAACGAGCCGGUAUGAGUGGAAAGAUCACUCGAACGCUGAUCGAGUUUGCGAGGAGGUACAGAGCCUAG